AUGGGGCGCAAGGGCGCGCUCGCGCGAAGCGCGCUGCUGAUCGGGCUCGCCGUCGCCCUUCUGCUCAGAGCUGCGUGCGCGCGGGCACCUCCAGAGGGCGCACGGGAGACGCUAGUUCGACUCGCAGCGGCGGCAGGGCUCCCUCUGCCCCGCUCCGUGGAGCUGCGCAGCCACGGCCCCGAACGCUGCGUCCUCGAGCUCCAAAACGCUGCUUCCGAGGACCCUGCGGCCGCCAUAGAGCUUCCUGACUACUGCUGCUGGUCGUUCGUUCGUUGCCAGGGCGACCGCCGCGCCCGAAGCCACGCGGAUGGGGGCCGGGGCGGCCGGAGCGCCGACGACAGCGUUUCGUCCAGCGGCACCGUCUGCGGGCUGGACCUGUCGUCCUCAGCCCAGGGCCACAUCGCCACGGCAGACCUGCGAGAUGGGGUGCUUCCUUUUGCCGAGAGCCUGGAGUUCCUCGACCUGUCCUUCAAUCGCCUGGGAGCCGGCCUGAGCGGCGUGCUCGACGGCCUGCGCAGCCUCAGGACGCUGCACCUCCGCGGCUGCAGCGUCCACGACGGGCUGACGUCUGACAUCAUCGCGCACCCGACGCUCGAGGACCUCGAUGUCUCCGGCACCAGGCUCAGACACUGGGAGCUGCCUGGCAGCUCCAAGCUGCGCGCGCGGGGGGGCGGCAGCGCGCUCGUUUCGCUCAUCGCGACCGACGCAGGCCUCCGUGGCGAUCUGCCGGACCUGUGGGACUUCCUGUGCCUCCCGAACCUCAAAGCACUCCACCUCGGCGGAAACCAGCUGCGCAUUCGCCUCCCCGGAGCCCCGGAGCCGCUCUGCCCGCCCUCGCCGCUGCUCGAGCUCACUCUCGAUGGCAGCGCCGUGGCGGCCGACGCGGUCCCCGCGUGGCGCGCCGCGACCCCGGCACUCCAGCGGCUCUCCCUCGCCGGCACGGGCGUCGGCGGCGCGCUGUCAGACUGGCUGCGCCUCCUGCCCGACUCGGCGCGCGCCCUGGACCUCUCCCACACGCGCGUGCACGGCGCCUUCGCGGCCGCCGCGGCGCUCGCGCCGCCGGCCCUGGUGCAGCUGCUCCUUGCGGGCUGCCCGGGCGUCACGGGCACGCUCCCCGCGGCCGCGCCGAUGCUGCUGCGGGCCGAGGUGCUGUCGCUGGCUGGCACGGGCAUUCAGGGCGCAGUGCCCGCGGGCUUCGCGUUCGCCGCGGCGCUGUCGGCGGCCGGCGGCGCAUUCGAUCUGUCGAGCACGGCGCUCGCGCACCCGGCCGGCGCGCGGAACAGCCGCGGGGAGCGGCUACCAGAGGCGCUGCAGCUGGGGGGGGUUUUGCUGCCGGUAGACGGACUGCCCGGAGUGCUGUGCCCGGCGGUGGUGCCGGCAGGCGCGGAGCGGCGGCGGGCGGCCGCGGUCGCGCUGCCCCCGGCGUACCACGGCCUGACGCGCUGCGAGUGUCAGGGGGGGGGGUCUCCCGACGCGGCGGGGCGGUGCGGCGGCGCGCGCGGGCGCGAGCUCGCGCAGGCCGGCGAGUGCGACGACCCCGACGCGGGCCUCGUCAUCGCGGUCAUCGUCCUCAGCGCCGCGCUCCUCCUAUCGCUCGGCGCCCUCGCCGCGCUCGCCCUGCGGCACCUGCUCCGCCCGGCGCUGCUCCGGCGGAUGCCGGUCGGGUGGGCGGCGGUGGUGGUGACGGACAUCAAGGGCAGCACGGAGCUGUGGGAGUGGAACGCGCGCGUGAUGAACGUCGCGCAGGCCGAGCACGACACCGUGAUGCGCCGCUGCGUGGCGCGGCACCGCGGGGUCGAGUUGUUCACGGAGGGCGAUUCGUUCACGCUCGCGUUCGGGUCCACGCUCGACGCGGUGAAGUUCUGCUGGGACGCGCAGAGCACGCUGAACGACCACGCGUGGGACAGCGAGCUCCUCGAACACCCCCUCGGCAAGGUCGAGUACCCCGGGGGGGACGACACACGCCCCCCCCUGAUCCGCGGGCUCCGCGUGCGCAUGGGGCUGUCGUGCGGGACGUUCCGGAAGGUCCAGGCCGCGUCCACGACGGAGGCCAGGAGCCGCGCGCGCGUGGAGCGCACCGGUUCAGUCGCGAGCUCAGCGUCGGGGGGGUCGGCGGGGCGCGGGCGCGGCGGGCCCGGACGGAAGCACAAGGGCACGUCCGGCGCGGCGAUGUACGAGGGCACGGCGCUCGAGCUCGCGACGGCCGUGCAGGACGCCGCGGACGGCGGCCAGCUCCUCGUUGACGAGGCCACCUUUGAGUCGGAGAUACUCCCCCUCCUCGGGGAGCUGGCGUCGUUCGCGCACAGCUCGGGCACGGCCGGGCAGGGCGCGCUGAUGCUGGACAGCGACGCGCGCCGCGGGCGCAACUACAGCCGGUCGUUCCAAGGCGCGUCGCCGUCGGCCAACAUGAGCAUGGCGGGCGAGGGGGGGUCGGUUCGGACUGGCGCGACGGCGUCGCGGGAGCGCAACGCGCCCGGCCUGGCGGCGCCGUCGAGGUCGUCGCUCAUGGAGCGGCUCAGCUUCUGGAUGCGCCGGGGUAAGAUGGCGGAAGGUCGCAGCCGUGGCGGUGGCGGCGGGAAGCCGCAGGGCAACGACGCCUUGGACGACAGCGGGCGCGGGCUCCGGCCGUCGGGGCCCGUCAGCCAGGGCAGCUUCGCGCCGAUGCCGCGCGAGCCGUCGCGUUUGUCGCAAGUGCGGGCCCGUGCGGGGAACGUGGCGAGUGUGGACCUGCCGCGUGCGGGCGGGGACGCGCCUGAACACGUCAGCAAGAUCUCGCGUGCGUCGAGCGCCGCGUCGAAAGGCGCCUCGGGCGCCUCGGCGGCCUCGGACCACGCCGCCGACCCCCCGGGGGGCGUGUCGCGCGCCCGCCCCACCUCCCCCAACGCGCCGCCGCGCGCGCCCCCCGGGCUGCGGCACGCGAGCUACACCGUCGGGCUCAGGCCGGCCGUGCGCAGGGGGGAACACCAGGCCGCGUCGAUGACGCAGGGCCAGCCGGCGGGAACCACGGGUUGGCGCAUGCCGGGGUCGAACCCCAACAUUCGAAAGAGCAUUGCGAUCAGCGAGGCGAACUCCCCGAACGAGUCCGGCGUGAACAGCAGCCAGCUGGCGUCCGGCACGAUGUCGCGGAACCAGGCCGGGCGCGGGAGCGCCGACCACGGGCUGUUCAGCGCGCCCUCGCUGGGCGAGGGGGGGGAGUUCAUGGGGGGGUUCCCGCUCACGAUGGUCCUGCACAUGGGCGAGCACCGCCUCUCCUGCCGCAGCCUCACGGGGCCCAUCGGGCUCAUCCAGCUGCUCCCGCCCGCCUUCCUCGGGCGCACGCAGCUCUUCCUGCCGCCGGCCACGAUCGAGUGUCCGGGGCCGCCGGUGACGACGGCGCCGUGCAUCGACGAGUACAUCGACCACGCGUACCGCCACGCGCUGCUGCAGGCGGGCGAGAUCGCCCCGCGGCUCGCGCACCGCUCCGAGGUCGUGGUGUCGUUUGUUUCCGUGGCGGGAUGGAACUCGGUGGCGUCGCGGCUCGCGAAGCGCGAGGGCGGGCAGGCCGUGGCGGAGAACUCGCUGUGGCUGUACAUCUCGCUCAUCCGCGCGACCGCGCCGUGCUUCAGCGGGUACGUGUGUCGGCAGAAGGAGGCAGUGCUGCUGCUGUCGUGGCCGACGCCCGUCGCGGCCGUGGAGUGGGCCGUGAUGUUCCAGGAGGCGCUGCUGAUGCUCCGCUGGCAGCCCGCGCUCGAGGAGUUCGCGGAGACGGCCACGGAGGACGUGGGCACGAAGCUGGCCUUCCGCGGGCUGCGGGCGCAGGUGGGCAUCUACGCGGGCGUGCCGGAGCUCGCGAUGCCGCACCCGGCGCACGGCCGCGCGGAGUACUACGGCCCGUUCAUCAACCGCGCCGCGCGGCUGUGCCACGGCAUCGCCCGCAACGGCCAGGUCCUGGCGUCCAAGGGCGUCGCCGAGGCCGCCAUGUCCGACUGGUGCAGCCGCGGCCCGAAGACGAAGCUGGUCGGGGACCGCGAGUUCCGGCGGGAGAUCCUCAAGGCGUCGUCGGGGCUGCAGGUCGCGGAGCACAACGGCGACGACGGCGCCCCCUCGCCGCCGCGCAACAAGGCCCGCGCGGCGUCGUCUGCCGAGGCGCUCGAUUCCGAGGGCGUGCUGGUCGAGACGACGGCGACGGCGACGGCGACGGCGGAGACGGCCGCGCCCACGCGGCGGGACGUGACGUUCCAGGCGGACCCGCCGCGCGGCGUGCGGUCGGGCAACGAGCUGGCAAACGUCGCGCUGCAGGCCAACGCCGGCGCGUCGUCCGAGACGCUGGGGAAGCGGCCGAGCGGCGGCCCGAUGCCUGCACCGUUCUCGCGCAGCCCGCACCUCGACCACCUCAUGCUCCCGGCCGCGCAGACCAACUCGGCUCACGUCCACAUGCGCGGGCGGCGGCACCCCAGCGCGAUGGUCGCGAGCGGCAUCGCGGGGCCGGGCGCGUCGCCGAUCGCGGCCGGAUCGGGUCGCGAGGACGCCUUCGGCCGGCGCACGGUGAUCGGGUCGCUUGCGUCGCGCGGGUCGAUGCUUGCAGAUGGCACCGACAUGAUCGUUCACCGCGCGCUGCUGGACCACAUGCAGAGCGUCCUGGGCGCGGAGGCGCGCCAGAAGGCGCCGCUGCGCGAGGUCGUGGUGCACCACGACGGCACGUACGCGCUGCACGGCGUGGAGGUGCCGGUCGACGUGUUCUCGGUGUCGACGGCGCUCCUCGCGGGCCGCGUGGCCGGCGCGCUGCGGACGUCGCGCAAGGCGCGGCUCGUCUCGCCGGGCAACAAGCAGAGCGACAUCGUGCGCGUCGCGCUGCCGGACCUUGGCGUCGAGGGCCUCCAGGCCUCCCGGCAACAGGAGGUCAUGCGUGAGAUGGCCAUCGCGAACGAACACGCGCGGAGGUUCCGGCUCGCGCCGACGCCGCUCAAACCCAUGGGGCCCUAG